AUGGCCGGUCACCCCUCCGGUCUUCCGCCCCUAAGCGACCAUGAAUUUAAGUUAUACAACCGCAUGGCGGAUAAGAUGCAGGGAUUGCACCAAUGGUUUCGAGUGCGAUGGAACAUAAUCUACGACGUGGCAGAUUCAUCACGACGCCCCGCCGGUAUGUCUAUUAAGAGCUACCUUAACAUGUGUUUGGAAUUUUGUGAAAAUCUCGAGACACACCACAAGAUUGAAGAGAUCCGCGUCUUUCCAUACCUUGCUCAGCGCAUGCCUGCUUUUGCCAACAAGGAUGAGUUGAUUAAGCAGCAUAAAGUAAUUCAUAAAGGACUCGAAAGACUCGAGUCGCAUGUUCGCAAUUGUCUACGAGGUAAUGCCGACCUGCGAUGGGAUGAGAUUAAAGAUAUCUUGGAUUCGUUCGGAACGACACUCUGGGACCAUUUGGACGACGAGGUCAGGGAACUGGGAGCUGCACAGACUCGGAAGUACUGGUCAAAGGAAGAAAUGAUGAGAAUGCCGAUGUGA